CUGAACUGUGAAGGUCUGACUUUAUUGUGGCUAGAUCUGCUUUAUGAAUUCCAGAUUACAGCUCUUUGAUCGAUCACUGAAAACAGAAUCUGUGACAAAGAAGAGAGAAAAGAAGUGAAAGCAGUAUUUCUCAGUUGCAUUAUCCCAGUACAGACAAGAGCAGCACCAAAAUGGCGCAGGGCAGUGAAAACAACAGAAGAGACAAAAUCGGGGCAGAGAAAACACACAAUGCCAAUGCUUGGGACAGUAAGACUUCUAAGGUCUGCUUAGGAACUCAAAUAAACAGGAACAACAGGAGAGCAAGCAGACAAUAAUUUCCUGGAAGAGUAGAAGACUGACAGCCUCGUUAAUGCAACUGAUUUGUGAUUUUCUAAUGUGAAAUGUUAGUAAACUGGAGACCCAAAUCACACUAAGCUGGACAGAAUCUCUACCCUGAUGUAAACUGUGGCUCUCAGCUGCACACAUCAAACAAAUCCUCUGAAUGAAUGGACAGGCCCAUGUCUGAGAAAAGUCAGGUUCUGGAGCGAAGGGCUGUGCUGUUGUUCUAAUGUGUUACGUGAAGAGAGAUUCUCCAUUUCAGUGUUUCUCCACAACACUCAAGUAAGUGAGAGGACCAUGCCAGCUGAAGUGUUCCCACAACAAGGCAGGUCUCAGAGAGACAGCUGAGACAAGGCCAUGAAGCCUUUUCCUGACCAGAUGACAAUGGCUUGCUUGCCUUUCUUUAAAGCCAGUGAGCAAACAUUGGACAAGAUCCUGCUGGGCAACACAAUGUGGUUUAUGCUAAUGAGCCCACAUCAAGUUGUCCAGUUUCUGGUUUCAGUGAUGGUGACCCCUGGAUAUGCCAUGUCCACUUUUUGAAAUCUUAAAUAUAAUACUUAAAAAAUUUUCCUCACAUUCUACUUGUGGACAAACCUAAAAUAAUUCUAUGCAAAGAGCAGCACAGUGACCUCCAAGUCAUGAAGGCCCAGAAGGGAUGGAGCUGCUUUGUGUUCUUUCUACUCCACAUGACACACGUCACCUGGACACAGAGGUUUCAGAUUGUUGGACCUUCCUCAGCAGUUCUUGUUUUUGCUGGUGAAGAUGUUACCCUACCAGCCUCACUCUCACCAGUUAUCAGUGCUCAGGUAUUUGAAGUCAGGUGGUUUCGAGACAACUUCGACUCUCCAGUACUUUUAUACCAGAAUCUCCAAAUCAGACCUGAGCAUCAGAUCCAGGCCUAUAAGGGGAGGACUGCACUAUUCACAGAUCAGCUCCUGAAAGGAAACGUGUCUCUGAGACUCCAGAAUGCCCAUGUUUCUGAUAGUGGGCUCUACAGAUGCUAUGUGGACUCUGGAUGGUGGGAUGACAGAACUCUCAUCACUCUAAAUGUGGAAGUUGUGGGCUCUCAGCCCUCCAUUUCCAUCAGCACUGCAGAGGACCAGCAGAACAGACUGGAGUGCAGCUCUGAGAAGUGGAGCUCUCGACCUGAAGUGACCUGGAGAGACAUGAACGGCAUAGAUGUGACUUCACAGUCCACCUUAACAGUACAACGGGAUGAUGAGGGUCUCCUCAGGGUGAGCAGCGUCAUCCCCAUAAGGUGGGAGUUCAACGUGUUCUCCUGUCUGAUGAGAAGUAAUACAACCAGACCAGCCUAUCAGUCCAAAAUGGGGGUCUAUGUUUUCUCUCCAAACAUCUCUGGCUGGUCGGUGGUCUUCUGGUUAUUGAUGGCUCUUUGUGUCACAGCAACUGUGCUGCUCAUAUUGAAAUGGCGAAGAAUGAGAGAUAAAAAAGCAACAUACAAGACCAAAGCAGUUGAUAUUCUUCCCAUCUGGAUCUUGCGGAAGGAAAUCGAGAUGGCACAACAUCCAGCUUUGGCUCUGAAGUUUUCUAAAGUUAUUAAUGGAUUCUCACAUGAAGAUCUCCUCAAGAUCACGGAAUACUACAAGCCUCAGCUGGCCUACGUGAUGAACUUCGACAUCAGCAGUGUCCUGCAUACCCUGAUCAGCAAGGGCACUCUGACCAAAAAAAAGGCAAAGGUGGUCAAAGUCAAAGAAGAGUCUGAGGGGACACUGGGUGUGGAGUCCUUCAUUGUUGAUGUGAUGAAGAAGGACAGAGCAGUGCUGGUCAGCCUGUGGGAGGCGCUGGCUGAAGAAUUUGUGAGAUGUCCGUCACCAAACCUGAAAGGAAUCCUGGAUGAGGUGACCGAGCAGGGACCGUACCUCUUGAAGAAGAUCCAGGCCAGCGCCCAGUCACCUCAACUUGAGCUUCAAAUUAAAAACCUCCAUGAGGCACACAGACUAAUCGUGUCUGAAUCCACAAGACCUCUGCAUGAUCAGCGCACAUCUGGAGAUCCACUCACUAGUGUGGUGGGCCUUGAGACUCAAUACACGGAGCUGAUGGUCAUCAAACAGGACAUUAAAGAUGAACUGACAAAUGAUGGGAAGACUCAGGAAAGACUUGUGGAAGAGGGAGCAACAAAGAACUGUGAGCGAGUCUGGACUGAGCAGCUGUUUAAGACAAGAUCAGAAAGUAAAACACCCCCCAAAAUCAUAAUGGUGAGUGGGGUGGCAGGCAUUGGGAAGACCACCAUGGUCCAGAAGAUUAUAUCUGAAUGGGCCAGAGGCACUCAGUACCAGAGGUUUGCAUUUGUGUUCCUGUUUACAUUCAGGGAGCUCAACCUCCUGGAAAACGAUGCACAGAUGUCUCUCACCGCACUGAUUGUAAGGCACUAUAAACAUCUCACUCAUGACAAACUAAUAGAAAUCCUGCAGAAACCUGAAUCUCUGCUCUUCAUACUUGAUGGGCUGGAGGAAUACAAACACAAACUGGACUUCACAGGCAGUCAGCUCUGCUCAGACCCAGAUGAUGAGGUGCCUGUCCACAUCCUGGUCACCAGUCUGGUCAGUCAGACGUUAUUGAAGGGCUGCUCAAUCCUGAUAACAAGCAGACCACAAGCUCUGGAGUCUAUGGACAUGGAGAGAGUUGAUGAAUUUGUAGAAAUUGUAGGAUUCUUCCCUGAACAAAAACUGAUGUACUUUAAGAAGUUCUUUGGUGAUGCUGAUGUGGGCACCAAGGGUUUUCAGUGCAUGAAGGGUAACACCAUCUUGUACUCCAUGUGUGCCAGCCCCUCAUACUGCUGGAUUAUCUGCUCUGCACUGCAGAGCCACCUCAUGACACCUGAAGAAGAGAGAGGAGCUGCCCCCAGAACUGUCACUGAGAUCUUUGUGAUGUUCCUUCACAACAUUCUGACCAAUCACAGGCAAGAAGAUGAGGACCAAAGAAGGAUUUUGAUCAGUCUGGGAAAGAUGGCUUAUUAUGGGGUGGACAACAGGACUCAUGUGUUUAAUGAGAAACAGGAGAUGUCCACCUUUGGUAUCCAGCCAGUCCUGUCCUCUUCAUUCCUCUCUGGCUUUCUCCACAAACAAAGCACUCAGGAGCACACGAUGUACACCUUCAACCAGUUCACCCUGCAGGAGUUCAUGGCCGCCUGCUCCUUCUACCUCGAUCCAUCAGGGGGUGUAGAGGAGCUGCUGAAGAAGCGAGACUCGUGUAAAGGGGGCCGAUUUGAGAUUGUCACUCGAUUCCUGGCAGGACUUGCUUGGUGUCCUGUGCUUAAAACAGUGGAGGGAAUUCUGGGGGAAUUUGAGAGGAUGACCACACAGCGGAUACAGGAGUGGGUGAGGCAGAAAGCUAAACAGGCGUUACGAGGGGGAGAUAAACGUGAAGCUCUGCGAGUUUGUCACUUGAUCUGUGAGACUCAGAAUGAGAAGGUGAUCAGAGACGCCAUUGGGAAGAACUUAAAGAUGAACUUUAGAAGCAUAACUCUGUAUCCUCUGGACUGUACUGUGCUGGCCUCUGUCAUCAGUUGCAGUGGAGAGCUUAAGGAACUUGACCUGUCAUACACACCUCUGACCCUUGAGUGUAUCAGGAGACUGGCAAAGGGGCUCAGCUGCUGCAGUGAAGUCUGGCUCCAGUCAUGUGGUCUCACCACCAGAUGUUGCUCAGCUCUCUCCUCAGCUCUCUCUGCUCCAAACUCACGACUGACUGAGCUGUGGCUGAAUGAGAACAACAACUUGGAGGACUCAGGAGUGGAGCAGCUGUGUGAGGGGCUCAGGAGUCCAAACUGUAAACUGGAGACACUGGGCCUAGUGUCAUGUUGUCUCACCGCUAGAUGUUGCUCAGCUCUCUCCUUGGCUCUCUCUGUUCCAAACUCACAGCUGACUGACCUGUGGCUGAAUAAGAACAACAUGGAUGACUCAGGCAUGGAGCAGCUGUGUGAGGGGCUCAGGAGUGCAAAUUGUAAAGUGAAAAAACUGAGCCUGGUGUCAUGUCGUCUCACCACCAGAUGUUGUUCAGCUCUCUUCUCGGCUCUCUCUGCUCCAAACUCAUGGCUGACUGACCUGUCACUGGGAUGCAACAACAUGGAGGACUCAGGAGUGGAGCAGCUGUGUGAGGGGAUCAGGAGUCCAAACUGUAAACUGGAGAAACUGGAGUUGAUCUCUUGUGGUCUCACCUCAGCCUGCUCCUCAGCUCUCUCCUCGGUCCUCUCAUCUCCAAACUCACGGCUGACAUAUCUGAACCUGAACAUCAACAACCUGGGAGGUUCAGGGGCUCGUCAGCUGAGUGAGGGGCUCAGGAGUGACAACUGUAAAUUAGAGACACUGGUGCUGUUGAGUAACGGGAUCAGUGAGAUUGAGAAGAGGAACCUGAGGUCAGUAGAGGAGGAGCUGAGCAGGUCUGGAUGGCAGCUGACUAUCUACACAUGAGAAGACCAGCAGUGAUGAUCAGACUGACCCCAUGUCAGUGACAGAGCCCCCCGUCCACUCUCCCCUAAAUUCUCCUCUUUCUUCUUUUCAUUCUCCCCUCAACCUGUGUGCUCCUCCUUUAACAUCACUUUUAUUUUUAACACCUGGAGACCCUCAACUGGUGACAAAGCUAAAGCAGAUUCGGACCUGCAGACCCCUGAGUUUCACCACUAGAGGUAGUAAAGCAGUGGGGGUCAUGCUGUAUAAAGCCCCCCAAGUCUCCUGUGCCACUGAGUAGCAGAAAGGUGGACAGUCCAGCUGUGGGGUGGCAGGGGGCCUGAGGCUGUGACAAACCCUAGACAGGACGCUGGUUCAUCACAGAACGCCAUCAGCGCUCGUCUCCAUCGUCACUCUUUGUCAUUUGAACCCUUGUCUGCUCUCUGUCCCCCAAGUCCUUUCUGCCACCUGCUGAUUCUCCUAUGGUGACACUUUAACUCCCACAAGACUCCGUUUUGAUUUCCAUUUUCUUUUUUAUUCCGUCGUCUCCACUUCACUGUCCCCUCCAGUCGUGUCCUCGUAGUGAGCAGCGGCCUGAACAAGUGAGCCAUUAAAAAAAAAUUAAAGAAAAGACGAGGAGAACAUGGAGGAGUGUGGAGGUGGGAUGGACUGGCGCUGUCCAGGAUGGGGUCCUGACUUAAUGUGGACAGACGGCCACUGAGGGACCACCACCUGAACUGGACUGAGGGGGCUUAGAAAAUGGAUGGACAGACAGAUGGGAAGAAACUGAACUGGGAAUUAAGAAAGAAACAGGAAAAUAAAAUAAGAGUGGGAGUGGGAUGAGGGGCUAAAGGAAACAAGUGGGGGACCCCAGUAUGAGGGUGGGCUUCUAUAGGACAACUGGAUAAGAAAAAGAGGAGCAGGGACAAGAGUAGGAGAGAACAAAACAAACAGAGAGAUGAACAAGAGGGGCAAGGAGGAGAGAGUUAGAAAGUGAAGGACAGUCAGUGACACGAGGGGGACGAGGACAGACGAGGAGGAGAGGAAGAGAAGUCGAGUCGAGUCAAUUUAAAAACAUCAGGGGUCAACCAUAGUGCUGCACAGCUUCACCAUAAACACCCCAAAUACACACAGUAGACACAGUAAAGAAAUACUGACGGACACGUUUAGAAAGCCAAGUCAGAAAGGUGGGCUUCAGGUGGGAUUUUAAAGUGACCAUCUGUAGUACAGCGCAGCGUCCAGAAGGAAUAUGAAAAUGUGCAGAAAGACUCAGUUUAACUCCAGAAGUGUAGACUGUGCUCUCAUAUGUCCGCCAUUUCUAAAAAGAACACAAACCCGGGCAGCAAGCGCCCCCUGCUGGGCACAGGAGCCUCUUUAAAAACUGUGAUGUGUAAGAAGUUUGAAGUCCAGGUGGCCACAGACCCCCAUAACAGUGACAGCAGCAGAGCAGGAAUCUUCACGUCACUCGAGUAGACAUCUGCUGUCUGUGAAGACGACUUCAGCCUCCUGAUAUUAUAAAGUGGGAUUACAAACACAUUAUAUGUGCACUGCUAAUUAACACUAGAAUUACCAGAGCCUACGAAAAAACUCGUAGGUCCGUCCCAUCUUAAAUCGC